AUGGAAGAGCGUGCAACGCAGCGUGCUACUAGUGCACGUAGCGAUCGCUACGAUGGCCUCCUCCCUUUAAAUCCGUCGCCUUCGAUUCCGUUCCUAGUGAUCACCACCUCCACACCGACGGUCGUACUGCCCUCCCCCCCGCCCAUCGUUGCCUCAGCGCUUGGCACGCCGCUAGUGGAGAUGUAUCCGCAGUCGCUCGCAGGUAGCUCCACGCACACCUCGUCCUCAGGCGAUCGCUCUCUCAUCGCCUCGAGAUCGCCGUCAAUGCAGCUAUCCAGAACCGCGGCCUCAUUUGCUGCGUCGUCCUUGCCCGGUAACUGGGUAAUGCACGACCCGCCCACUGCAGACAAGGCGCCGGUGAUCGCCUCACUGCCAGCCGCGGCCGCCACCGUGUUUGCCUCACUCCUCCACCACUCUUCCCCCGAAACCACGCCCGAUUCCUCCCCGAUGCUGCAUGCUCGCCCCUCAGCCUUGACCAAGAUGAGCGCGGUGGCUCUGCGCGAUGCCGUAGAGCUGGAGAAAGCAGAUGCUCCAUUUUUAGCCGACCUUUGCGGCCCCGGUCGGCAGUGGACCCCACGCUACGUGUCGACAACCUCUAUCACCGCGCCAACGCCCACCCCAGAAGCGGGCAAUGUUGGUGCUCCCAGUAAGGACUCCGAUUCGUCGUUGCCGGCGGCUCUGCGGCGCCUCCUCCGCCGAACGAGUGCCUCAAAGAGUGUGCAGAGCAGGGAUGAUGGCUCUGACGCCGCCCUCACCGCAGAUGACGAACACAAUCCCACCGCUCUCCCGCGCGCAGGUGCUCAAAGCAAGCUGCACUCCGGUCGCAGUCACAACUCCGGCGGCGCCGGCUCCCCACACGGCCCGUCGCCUGUGACAAGUAGCACUCCAGCGCCGCAGUCACAGCCGCGGCAGCCACGCUGCGUGGCCACGCAAGAGGACUGCGUAAGUGCCAGCAGCCAGAGGCAAGAGUUUCACAUUUCACCUCGUGCGCGGUCGCAGGUGUACCUGAGUUUCCGUUCAGGCGCAGCGACCGUGCCUAGCCAGUCAUCGUUGUGUUCACCCGUGUCGCCGACACCGAAGCGGCGCGUGCACCUGGGCAGUGCCGGCAAUGCGUUCGCAGGCAAGGCCACGCCCGUCGUUGCCGUCGACCACUUCCCCAGCGCGGUUGAGCGGCAGAGUGGUCGACACAACUCCAAUGCCAGCAGCUCCGCCUCCUCGGAUCGCUGCAACGACGUGGACGACAAGGAGCUUUUGGUCGACGGCUCUGCCGAGAGCCGGCGCCUGGCGCUGAGCGGCACGGCGACGGCGUCGAGAGCGGCGCCGCGUGAGGCCGCGACGUCCUCCAACUCAGCCUCCGAUACAGCGACGCCAUCAGCGCUUUCAGGCACCGCCGAUGCGGCCGCACCCAGGGAUGCCGCGGUUCGUGCAGAUGCCUCUGCCAGCUGUGCCGGUGCCCAGACCAUCGACGUGGCUGGUGCAGCAAGGCACUCCCCGCAGACCGACGCGCGGGUCGGUGAGGACGUGGCUGUAAAGACUUCGACGACAGAAACAACAGCGAAGACGGCGGAGCGCUUCCCCAGAAGCAACGGGCCACGUCCUCAUCUCGUCAAAGUGGCGCCAUCACACCUUUGCAGUUUCCCAAAGGCGGGAAUCACGAGCACACCGCAACCCUCCACCUUCGCCCACACCCCGCUAGCCACGUCAAGCGCGACGAGUAGCACCUAUAAGAGCAGAAGACAGCGCGUGCGGGCGAGCAGCCAACCAGUGGGCUCCUCAUGCUUGCUCUUCGCUCGCAGCGGCGCUACAGGCGUCUCUACGUCGAUGGCAGUGAUGCAGCGCAGCCGCACCAACGAAGACGUGCACGGUAACACUCACGGCAGCCACGGUGGUGAUCAGCACAAAGGCUGGCACCGAAGGGCGGCACAUCUACCUCCGCCGCCACCGCCGCCGUCGCGUAUUUUGUCGCCGAUGCUGAGCACCGCGGCACACAUUGGUGGUCUCUUCUUGACUCUUGCGCGAAGCGCUCAUGUGCAUCACCACGGACUCGGCUGUGGUGCUUCGGCACACCUCAGCGUGUCUCCCCACAGCUCUGGAUGCGCGUCCCCCGCGCAGGACGACGCACAAGGGCUCCGUGUGCAUUACACGCCGUCGUCCGUAUCGUCACCUCCCGCCCGCACCGAGCCCGCCGUAGAUGACGACGACCGCGGCUUCAGCGGUGGCAGGUCGGCCGCCGUCUCCAAGUUCGGCAGCUUCUCGUUUUCCACGACUGUCACAAACACGCCUCGCCUCUCCGUCGACGACUCCGCGUCUCGAAUGUCGUCACCGUCGACGGUCUCGAGCACAAAUCGGAACUCUUUCGUCGACAUCGCCCACAAGUCGCUGCAGGAGCACCCGCCUCACAAUUAUCGCCACAGCAACAGAUCCGCGUCCGCGCUGGUCCACAACGUCCCGGCGUGCGCGCGCGAGUCGCCGACGUCGGAGGUGGUCGUGAUGCCUAUCACGCUGGUGCCACCCACCAGUCUGCGGCUCAGUGGCGCAAGCGAGGCGUCUCUCAAUGGCAGUGUUGCUAGCAGCGGUCAGCGGUGCUCGAGCAACCCUGGCUAUGACAGCUCCUGCGGUUGCAUGCAGAUGCACAACGGCGAUGACGAGCAGGGCUUGACGGUGCCGGCCAGCGUGACUCCGCCGCGCGGCGCCGCGUCCGCCUUCGCCACCUCCUCAGUCGCCUCCCUCGCAGCGACGGUGACGAGUAUUGUGGGCCACCCGAUCUCAGCGCUCUUCUCCUCUGGAAAACUUAAGGCACCCAUGAGCAGAAAAAGCAGCAACUCUGCAUUCCAGUUGUCGCCACCGGGUGCCUCGACGGGUCACUCGACACCAUGCUUGCAGGACGGCUUUGUGAUGCGGCCGGAUGCGGAGACAUUGCAGGGGCUGCUGCAAGGCAAGGUGCCACGCAUGCCGGGCUGCUCCAUACGCGACUGGGCCGCGCACCUAAGUGCCAAGGAAGAGGAAUUGCGCAGGCGGGAGCAGAAGCGUCACCACACGCCUCACCAUCGCGCCAGUGGAGGCGCCACUCGCUUUGGUGGUGGGGCGCCGCCCCCAAAGCCGGCCUCCACGGCGGCCUCACGAACCGCGCUGCUGCCGCGGAUGACGCCGCAGGAGGUCGCCACCCACAACACACCGGAUGACUUGUGGAUAGUCAUCCGGAACGUCGUGUACGACUGCACCGCCUUUCAGCGCUACCACCCCGGCGGAGAGAAGUUGCUGCUAGCUUGUGGAGGGCGUGACGCCACAGCCGUGUAUGACCGCUUCCACGCGUGGGUUUCGUGCGAGAGCUUUAUGGCUCCGUAUGCGGUUGGUGUCGUUUCCCCUUCAGAGACCCGAUGA